AUGAGGCAGGACGCCCGCGGGGAGCCGCAGGCUGGGGACAGCGGGGACCGUGUGAGGCACAUCGAGGCCAGGAGCAGGCAGACAGAGGAGUAUUUUCUCCCCCGGAUGAUACAGGAUGUGACGAAGCAGGAGAUCGUGCCCUUUGGAGACACAGUGCUGGCCACCUGGGGCACCUGCAUCGGGAGCGAGAUCUGUGAGGAGCUCUGGACGCCCCACAGCCCACAUGUGGACAUGGGCCAGGACGGCAUGGAGAUCUUCACCGAUGCCUCGGGCAGCCACCACGUGCUACGCAAAGCCCACACCAGGGUUGAUCUGUUGACCAUGUCCACCGCCAAGAAUGGUGGGAUCUACUUGCUGGCCAGCCAGAAGGGCUGUGACGGGGACUGGCUCUACUACAACAGCUGCGCCCUGAUCGCCAUAAACGGCUGCAUUUUCGCACAGGGGUCCCAGUUCUCCCUGGACGACGUGGAGGUCCUCGCCGCCACGUUGGAUUUGGAGGACGUCCGAAGCCAAAGGGCAGAGAUUUCAUCUCGAAACCUGGCAGCAUCACGUUGUGAACCCUACCCCCGUGUGAAGGUGGACUUCGACCUCUCGUGCCGCGAGGACCUCUUGGAGCUGCCGUCAGAGCCCAUCGAGUAGACGUACCAUAGUCCCGAGGAGGAGAUCAGCCUCGGUCCCGCGUGCUGGCUCUGGGACUUUCUAAGACGUAGCCGACAGGCCGGGUUCUUCUUACCUCUGAGUGGUGGGGUGGACAGCACGGCCACUGCCUGCAUCGUCUACUCCAUGUGCUGCCAGGUCUGCAAGGCCGUGAAGCAGGGAAACCAGGAAGUGCUGGCUGACGUCCGGACCAUCGUGGACGAGCUCAGCUACACCCCCCAGGACCCCAGGGACCUCUCCGGCCGCGUGCUGACUUGCUACAUGGCCAGUGAGAACUCACCCCAGGAGACGUGUGGCAGAGCCAGGGAGCUGGCCCAGCAGAUCGGCAGCCACCACAUCGGCCUCAACAUCGAGCCCACGGUGACGGCCGUCGUGGGCAUCUUUAGCCUGGUGACGGGUUGAAGGCCUCUGUUCGCGGCUCACGGAGGGAGCAGCAGGGAGAACCUGGCCCUGCAGAACAUGCAGGCUCAGCUAAGGAAGGUCGUGGUGUAUAUGUUUGCUCAGCUGAGCCUCUGGGCCCGGGGCACUCGCGGAGGACUGCUAGUGCUUGGAUCGGCCAACGUGGACGAGAGCCUCCUCGGCUACCUGACCAAGUACGACUGCUCCAGUGCAGACAUCAACCCCAUUGGUGGAAUCAGCAAGACAGACCUGAAGGCCUUUGUCCAGUUCUGCAUGGAACGCUUCCAGCUUCCCACCCUGCAGGGCAUCCUGGCAGCACCGGCCACCGCAGAGCUGGAGCCCUUGACUGACGGCAAGGUGUCCCAGAUGGAUGAAGAAGACAUGGGCAUGACAUACACGGAGCUGUCCAUCUACGGCCGCCUCCGGAAGGUCGCCAAGGCCAGGCCCUACAGCAUGUUCUGCAGACUUACCACCAUAUGGAAGGACGUAUGUUCCCCCCACCAGGUGGCUGACAGGGUGAGGCGCUUCUCCAAGUACACGGCAAACAGACACAAUAUGACCACGCUGACGCCCGCAUACCACGCGGAGAGCUACAGCCCCGAUGACAACAGGUUUGACCUGCGGCCGUUCCUAUACCACGCCAGCUGGCCCUGGCAGUUCCAAUGCGUGAAGGAUGCGGUUGUCCAGCUUGAGAGCAGAGGCCAGCAGGACCUGGACUGA